AAGUCAGUGUAUUACUUCCUUGGUCCGUGUAGUUUGGUCUGACUCUGCUCACUCACCGACAUGACUGUUUAUCUGAGCUUUCUUCUCAUCGUCACUGGACUAACAGGAAUUCACAACAUAACUACAGUCAGUGAAGUGUCAGUGAAGGCUGGAGAUUCAAUCACCAUCCCAUGUCUCUAUGAGUCAAAAUACAUAAACCAUGUGAAAUUCUUGUGUAAAGGAUAUACAUGGACCUCCUGCUCGUAUGCAGUUAAAACAAACCAACCAAGUUCAGGAAAGUUUUUAAUCUCUGAUGACAAAAGCCAAAGAAUCUUCACUGUGACUAUAAAUGAUCUGACGGAUGAGGACACUGAUUACUGGUGUGCUGUGGAGAUUGAUGAAGGGUCAGAUGUCAGAGAGUACUUUCACCUGUCAGUCACCAGAGGUACGCCUAGGCUUUAUGUGGACCAUCAGGAGAUUACAGGAUUUAAGGGAGAAAAAAUAACCAUCAGUUGUUUCCAUCGCAACUCUGGAGAAAUGAAGUGGUGCAGGCUGGGUUGCUCCUGUAUGACAGAGUCGUCUGGAUCAAUAGCUGAAACAAGAGUGACCAUCACUUCAAAGGUUGAUGGUUUCAAUGUGACUAUGAGUAACCUUACGACAGAGAACAGCGGCUGGUAUUUGUGUGUCAGUGGAGACUUUCAGAUGCCUGUGCAUGUAACUGUUACUGAGAAACCUACCAUUUCAACAAGAAAUGUAACCACCUUAUCACCCAUUCCUGAACAUCACACCUCUGUCUUUACAGGCGGAGCACCGACAGCUCAGGGAGUACAUACAAUCUUCAUCAUCCGUCUGAGCUUGCUGGUCUUCUUUGUAAUGGUGACCUCAUCCAUCUGGUUUAUGGUCAAAAGACACAAGCAGACCAAAGAAUCAUCAACCACAUCAACGGCUGAAGAGGAAGUAAAAUACACGAGAAAAACGUCAGAGGUCGCAUUCAGAGAGUGAUGAGGAAGGAAUACAGAGUUCUGUGGUUAAAGCAACAAAGUGUUGAAAAGAUUUUGUCUCAGCACCAAGUUUUUUUGUUGUUUCACCUUUUCCAUGCAUUUGUAUCCACUUCAGCAUUUAUAAAGUAGUUGCAAAAUAUUAUUGUCUUAGGCAAGUCUUUAAGUUUAUCUGCAGUGUAUGUAUAUUGAGUUAACGGUUCUCAUUUAUUAGGCAUAAACUCACAAUAAUUUAUUCCUAAUUAAUAUUUUCAGGAUGUAAACUAAUGCAGCCUACACUAUUCACAACUUUUUUUAUGUAAAUGCCGUUUUCAUUCCUUUAAAUGUUAAUGCACAUUUCUAUUGCAUGUUUAGAGAAUAAGAUGUCAAAUGUAACUGAAUAAAGAUAAACAACUUA